CGAGAGACUGCGUGCGCUGUAGGCUUUAAAGGACACUAUGUGUGGGAAUCAUGGAGAACAGGGAAGGUUACAAACAACCGAGAAGUAAAUGAAAUUGUCACAGCGGUGCUCAGAGUGAAUGGGGAUUUGAUGGACUUCCAUCUGAAGUGCAGGGUCUGGUUACCUCUGACAUGACGGAGGACAAGAACGGACUGCGUGACAUGAUGGAGGACAGGAACGGACUGUGUGACAUGAUGGAGGAGAGUGAAGUCGAUGUUCCACCCGGUCAAGCCAAACCCCAGCCGCAGGCCAGCGACAGCUCCAAAUGGUCCAAUGGUCAGAGUGUGUUUUCUGUGCCUUGCCAUUCCACACUAAAUCCCAGCUUUGACCUGUCCGUGUGCCGUGCUGCACUGGAGAAGGAGGGCUUCCAGAUUCCAGUCAGGGACUUCGAAGCCCCUCUGAAGACAGCUCUGGAUGUUCCCUCUGUCCGCAGAUACAUGGUCUUCAACUCUGCCCUCUUCCAUUUUAUAAUGGCACCGGUGCUGUAUGUGGUGCUGUGGUGUGCCGUGUUCUCCACCCUCCACAUCUACAUGACCAUCACCGACUACUGGGUCCUCUGUCUGUCUGUCAGCCUGGUCUCCAUCUUCAUCACCACCGCCAUCAUCUUCAUCCUCCACCACAGUAACAAGGAGAUCAACAUAAACUUGGAUGUUCGGCUGAUCCAGGUUAAUGAGAGGAUGGUGAAACACAAGCUGCUGAUCGGUGUGGCCGACUGGGUGCAGAACUGCACUGGACACAUAAAGCUUUAUUGUGUAUACUGGGACAUGACCCGCUGUUUGAGGACACUGACUGAAACUCUAGAGGAGGCAAACUUUGUGGCAAAUGAGACUCAGGAGAAGAAACUGAAGAAGAGGAUGUCCCAUCUCAUCCUUGUGACCGAGGUGACGCCUGCUGACCCGGAGGAUGGGGGGUCAGAGGUCGAGGGCGGCUCCAGUGAAGAGACGACUCUCCUGCUGGGUAAUGAGGAGGCGAGGCGCAGUACCUCAUCCAGCCAGCGGGAGGACUCUAUAAUCACCACUAACUACAGCCUCAUCCCUGACAAGGCUUUACCUGUCCAGGCCAAAGCCCACCAGCUUCUGAUGACCUACAGUUCGGUCUAUGUGAAGCUGCUGGUAUCUGAGAGGCUGUCAGGCCCAUCACCCCACCACUUUCAGCCCCGGAGGAAUCACUGCACCACUGCCUCCCUCUGUCUCUGCCAGUACAUCAAAACCAAAAUCCUACGAUAGACGCUGGGAGCUCUGUACAUGAAACUGGGGGACUGGGACUAUUAUUAUUUUUAUUUUAUUUUUUUAAAUCCAGGAAAAGGGUUUUCCUGGUGUCCAUGCUCUCGAUCCUGUUUCAUUCAUACAGAACUGAUGAGGGAGGGAGCCAUGUCACCUGGGUGAAGACUCUCAAGUCUGUUUCUCCAACCUUCAGGCUACUGCUGCCCCGUUUUCACACCAUCUUCACGUUUCUGCCUCCUGGAUCAUAACCCAUUAUUUUCUCCCAGUUUCUGCACAGCCAACACUCUCACACCGAGAACACAGGCUCACCUCAAUUGCUGUAAAACCAUAUAAUAUUAGUAUUGUUGUACAUAUCACAAUCGUGG